AUAGAGACGCGUUCAGUCGCGCGCGCCGCCUUCGCCACGAUCUAUACCCUCGAUCCACCUCGAUCCCCGUGCGAACAUAGAGAGACACACCGGGUCAGUGUAGUGAGUGUCUUCGACAAUAUCGUUGAUCAUGUCCUCGAACGAUCUACGGUCAGGCUUCAAGAAGCUGGUGGAGGGUGGCGGGGGCGUGAAGGCCACCCUGUUGACAGGGUUCUCCGAAGUACUCGGAACCGCUAUCCUGGUGCUCGUGGGCUGCAUGGGCUGCGUGGCCAGUCUAGGGGUGGUACCGUCGCAUCUGCAGAUCGCGUUGACCUUCGGCCUGGCAGUGAUGCUCGUGAUUCAGAGCGUCGGACACAUCAGCCAUGCUCACGUUAAUCCAGCCAUCACCGUGGGGUCGAUCGUGCUCGGGAAGAAGACAGUUUCCGAAGGCGUCGUCUACCUCGUCUCGCAACUUAUGGGAGCAGUCAUCGGAUACGGAAUGCUGAAGAUGGUGACGCCAGCAAACCGAUUGACCAGCAGCGGACCCGAACAAACAAACUUAUUCUGUGUGACCGAUUUGCACGCAGAACUGUCGGUGAUCCAGGGGCUUCUGUUGGAGGGUAUCGCGACAGGCAUACUGAUGCUGGUCGCGUGCGCCGUUUGGGACCCGAGGAACGAGAAGAACACAGACUCUGUGCCUGUCAGAUUCGGUUUGACGGUCUGCGCGUUAGCGUUGGCUUUCGGGCCGUACACCGGCUGCAGCAUGAAUCCGGCCAGGUCGUUCGCCCCGGCCCUCUGGAACAAUCAGUGGUCCCAUCACUGGGUAUAUUGGUUCGGGCCGAUCGGCGGCGCCCUGCUGUCGUCCUUCAUCUACAAAGUAACCUUCGGCGUCAAGAACGAGCAGGAGGAGGACAACGUGCCCGAAGCUGUUGCGCUCAACAUUGUCAACUCCCACAAGUAACCGAUCCCGGGUUCGCGGGGAUCAGAAGCGACCGAGGUGCAGCUCGAUCGACGUUUCCUUCGAGAAACCACAGGAGAUUAGACGAUUAACGGGUGAAACAGGCCAGGCGACCGCUUUCCGAACAUCCGUGGAUCAAAGUGGAUCGUCGCCGUAGCGUCUGGCCGCGUCGGGGAGGAGCUGGAGAGCUCCGGGCUCGUUUGCCGCAGCUCGGAACGAACUUGGCUCGCGCAACACCAAUCGCUUGGAUCUCUGGUCCACCUCGUAGAUCGCGGUCCACGCAAGACUGUCGCUCAUCGGAGUCGCCCUCGCCUCGAUCGUACUCUUGACGAGCACGUGGCCGAGCCACGAGCAUAAUCGCGCGCAGUGCUUCUCAAACUGGGCUACAAAGACUGCUUCAUGGUUCUACAUUUGCGAACUGGACUCGGCUAGCAACAAACUUCGCUUAACCAGCCCUCUGUAGCACAGUUUUUGAAGGAAAUCUCGCACCCCGGAUUUGCGGGAGGAUCACGAAGAACGCACCGAGCCUCCUCCGUUUAAUGUUCCUCUCCGAUCUCACUAGUCCGUGCCUCGCUUGAAUCCAGGGUAUACCGGUGGCGCAUCGGCUCUACGACACGAACAAACAGCCGGAUUCUUGUAAUGUAUAGAGAAUUGUUACGUUUUUACAUGUCGAAUCGCGACGAUACAUAAAACACAGUCAUAAAACCAAA